UGUAUAUAUUUAAAACUUUUGGAUUGUACAUCCACUAUAUUCUCUAUAUUCUCUAUAUACAUAUCUUAUAUACAUACACGUGCUACUCGUGAUUGCAAAGUAAGUAAAAAAUUAAGAAUACUUCUAGUUGCAUAUUAAAAAAGCAAAUUAAAUAUUUUGAAACUCUACGAGUCAAAAUUACAUUUGCAGGUUUUAUGAGUGAAGGUUUGUGAACGGAGAUCGUUCGCGAUCGGCUUUACAUAGCUAGUACGGCUUACAUAGCAUUAUUAUUUUACAUAAUUCAAUAUUAACGAUAUUUAACGAACGAACAAAUUUUGAUAUUUCGCGCAGUCGAAUCGUGAAAAGGAUGAGAAUGUUGUGGGAAUUUCCCUGUUUUGGGAAUGAUAGGAUGAGCCCUCGCCGGGAUUUCGUGACCACCGCCCUCGAGCGGACCAAAGGCUUCAUUAUUUUCAUGAUCAGUGGUCUAAGGGUAGCUAAGUUCACCCUCGGCAGAAAGCUUCCCGUGAAAUACGGUUCUCAGCUCAUUUCGCCGUCGGAUAUGCUACGAUCCGAGGUGAAUUCCGUAUCCGAGAGAGGUCGUCGCUUUGAGGAGAUCACGAGACAGGGUCGCCAUGUACCAGCGGACGUGAUCGUCCAGCUGGUCGUGAAGAAAAUGAUGACGCAGCCGAACGCUGUUGGUUACCUGGUCGUUGGCUUCCCCAGGGAAAAGAGACAGGUGAUUUUGUUGCGAUUUCAUACCACUUCCGAUCCCUACGUGCGCGCGAUUUCGUCAAGGUUACUAUUAACCGUUCACUUUUUAUUUAAAAAGUCGCAAGUCGGUGCUUACAUUAACUGCAACAUUUAAACAAAACAAAAUAAGAACGAACGACGUGUAUCCGUCGUUUUUGAUAAUAUAAUUUAAGAGAAUGCUGAAGUUGAAAACUUUACCGACAUAAUACUGAUAUUUUUCUGCAAAGUUUACGUUGUAUUGGUUGUACAGAAUUACAAAUGCUUUUACGUAAUGAAAACAUGUACAAAAAUAAAUAGAAGCACUGCUCAAUAUGUGAUCUGACAACGAAAAAAAAAUUUUUAAUCUCAAGCUGUUAACGUAUUAAUUAUACUCCAUUAGCUGUUAAUUAUAUGUUGUAUUCUAUUAUGUCACAUGUUUCUUUCUUAUAAAAGGAUUACACGAGAAGACACUUCAGUCCCAAAUCAUUGGCUCUAAACAAUUACAAUCUACUCGGACGAUAAGUGGAGCAUAAUUGUCUGAUCAAACGAACUCAUGAAGUUUGAUCAGAAUUAUGCGAAUACUUUUUGUCCGAGUAGACGGACCUCCUAUUUCCCGAAAACAUUUUGAUUUCUCUUUCUGUCCCAUUUUAUUUUUAUAUUUGGGACCUGUUUUAAAUUAUGAAGAUUUGUCGCUACAUGCGCGACGGAGCGGUGUGUACUACCUUUUUCCUUUCAGGCGGGAACUUUGAAUUUGUUUGUUGUAAGGGAGUAUCAUGCAGCAUGAUUACAAUCUACUCGGACGAAAAGUAUUCGCAUAAUUCUGAUCGAAUUUCACUCAGGAGUUCGUUCGAUCAGGCAAUAUUUGCCUAAUCGAAAAGUUGCGUAGCUUGUACAUACCGAAAGUGUGGAUGCUUCAGACAGAAAAAUUUUGAAAAACAUUACUUUUUUUUAUAUCUAAAUUCAGAAGCUUAAAAAUAUCGGAAAAGUUUGCAGAAAGAUUUUUACACAUACGUGGUUA